AUGUCUGCAAUUCGCGCAGAAGUACUUGUACAAGUGAUGAAUCACCUCGAUAAUGGACAUUGUAUGAACGUACAUUGUCAAUCGAAGGACGAUGAUCUUGGACUUCACUUGGUGGAAGAUGGUGACGACACCACUUGGAGUUUCGAUGUGAAUUUUUGGGGCACAACUUUAUUUUACUGUGAUGUGCAAUGGGAUGACUCAAAAUGGCACCACUUUGAUGCAUAUGAUGCUAAAAGGGAUUAUAGAAGAUUUGAAACGGCGGCAAAAUUCAAAGGUAACUACCUCAAGAAGGUGCUGGAGUCUGUGACACAGGUUAGCGAUAUCGACGCCGUAAUUGAGCAAGCCGAUGAAGCCCACCGGCUCUUUUCCGGCACCAAACCUGUUGCCAACCUCAUCAAUUUGGACUCUGCUUCUAGCACUUCUCAGAUGACUCCUGGGGAGAGGAGGGAGCAACUGAAGAAUGAGGCGGCAUUGCAUGCUAGUAGUCUUCGUGUUCCUUGCAGGUCGCCAUGGAAUGCUAAAAUGUCUGCACAAGAGCUUGAUGCCAAUGAAAGACAAGCUUUUCUAUCUCGUGGCCGACGGCUUGCUAGACAUUUUGUGUUUAUCAUUGCAAAUUGA